CACCUCAUCAGUGUGUUCGCCGUUCCCGGAGAGCUCCGCGGCCGCGGCACUGUAGUAAACCGAGGACACCGUACGAACAGCCCAGUCGGCAGCGGGGGCCGAUUGGGGUGGGGGAAGUCGUCACAGUGACGUGCCUGUUGGCUGAGAGGCGGACCCGGCUGUGCCGCAGCCGCCGAGCAGCGUGUCGCCAGCAACAUGAAACAUGGAUGAGGAGGUGGCGGAAAGUUGGGAGGAAGCGGCUGAUAACGGGGAAAUGGAAAAGCGGUUAGAGGAGAAGCUAAGAAUCAGCCAGAAAGAAAAGGCGUGCGCAGUUGGUUGGGCGACAAGAUCACAUAAUUUCUGUUUGAAGGGGUCAGAUGAUGUCCCAUUACAUUAAAAUCUCAAUGUGGGUUCCAGGGCAUGCGCUGUUGGCUGGGCAACAAGAACAAACAACAAUUAGCGGAGAGUCAAGUAACCACCAUUGUUCCUCACGCUCGCCACUGAGGAUGGCCAUGGUCAUCCAGGACGAUUCUCUACCGGCAGCACCUCCGCCUCAGAUUCGCAUCUUGAAGCGGCCCACCAACAACGGCUCACUUGGGUCGCCCCUGAACCAGAAUAGGCCCACACCCCAGGUCAAAUCACUGGCGCAGCGCGAGGCGGAGUACGCCGAGGCCCGCAAGAGAAUUUUGGGCAGCGCCUGUCCGGAGGAGACGGGCCAGGAUAAGAACAACGCUGACAGAGCCCCUCGCACCAACUCUACGUUGCCUUCAGAGGACACCAGAUCUACCAAUCACACGGUCCGACAGCCAACCAGUCCGGACGGUACCCAAGGGUUCCGACAGCACAGAUAAAUUGGACCUCGGGGCUUUUUGGGGGGCCCCUGGAGUGAGCAGACUACACUAUUUGGCUCCUAACUUUCUUCCCGCUUGCCCCUCCCAAAUUCCGUUUGGACACUGUGACUAUGAAAGCCUGGACCCACUGUGAUGAUCCCUUUAAAGGAACACCUCACUCCACCUCUCCAAACAAAGACUACCAAAGAAGAGGCGGAGUGAGGCCCAUCCGCAAGCAAUAAUAGUCAAGACGUCACUUUAUAGCUGUGCUUUUUAAUCUGUCACGUUGGCUCACCAACUUUUUAAUUUUUUUUUUUUUUUUAACCCGUUUUUGGAGUAUUACAAAGGAUUCUCUGCUUGGUCAUUUUCACCUAAAUCCUGAGUUUAGAGUACUUGUCAGCACAGCUCCUGUGAUACAUACACCAUAUGAAAAAAAGCCAUCUUUUUUCAGGAAGCAAAAUUUACCAUCUCGUGGUGUUGCAAUGUAGCUUUAGCAGCGUGCUCCUAAUGAGCAUGUUGCCAUUUAUUUUGAGCCAUUUUGUGUGUGUUUUGUUUUGUUAUUUUGCCAGCCUUGCUCCUCGAACUAGCACAUUUUUUUUUUUUUUUUAAUGAAAUGCCUGGGGUAAAUCAAGUGGGACUUGACGGUCCCUUUUUUAGUAGCUUUUCUGCCUUUUAGACAUACAAAAUGGAAGCAACGUCAGCAGUAUUUUAACUCAUGAACAAAGAUAGAAAUCAGGUUCUCAAUUUACUUUGUACAUAGUGCAUUGCUUCUUGAAAGCUUGCCCAUGCCUUCUCCAGUACAUGCAGGAGAAACACUUCAAAAUGGACCCAGCAUGUUGUUUUUUUGUUGUUGCAAAAACCUAUGCCGAUAUGGUGGCUGUUGUCUGUUUGAACUGUUGUCGUGGCUUAUUGUGCAAAAGGUCACUGCUGUAAAUGAUGACUGUAUCGGAUUAUUCAAACAUGAUCCGUCGACGUCAGCAAGUCACCAGUUGGCUAAAGAAUGUUUUAUGUCCCCCCCCCCCCCAACGUGUGUUGGUUUUUGUUCACAAAGACUUCAAGAAAGCCAUAUAUUUUGUGGUACAAGCCAUCGGCGGAAAAGUCCAACUCUGCCAACGUCGCUUCUUUACUUCCUGGUGGUGCAAGUCAACGGAGAAUGUGAGCAAAAAAAAAAAUGGAACGCCUCGCUAUAGUGCAGCAGAAAACUCUGCCAAUGCAAACUGCCUGUAAAUAUAUAGAUUUAAUAAACUGAUUUGCAACAAAAAAAAAGUCAUUACACCAUUUUAUUGAAUCGUUUAUCCACAGUCAGGUCCAUAACUACUAAGACAUGGACACAAUUUAAAUUUUAUUUUGUUCUAAUCACUGCACUAGAUUUGAAACUUAAAAAUGUUAAAUGCAAACUUAAUCUUUUAAUUUGAUGCCAAUUUUUUGAGUGGUAUUAAAUCCUCUGAUGACUAUACUGUAAGUUCCAUAUUUAAGGCUAUAAUUUGAUUUGUGAUUUGUCCUAUUGCUUGAAGUCCCUUUAAAAGUAGUUAUGUAUAUACACGCAUGGUUAAAACUCCAACAGCAUUCCCCAGAUUUAAAUAUAAAUAGCCUAAAAUUGAAACAGUUUGCAAUAAACAUAUUUUUCCCCAUUUCAUAUCCAGUGCAGUUAUGCUGUUAGCCAAAAACAUGAGUAGUGUGUCAACGUUUGUGGAAAUGACAAUUUUCAGAAUUUUUCUCGCUAGUUUAUGCCAUUGACUGUGUGCUCCGAGGGGUACAGUAUUUGGUUGAGGGGGGGCCAUGAACGGUCACACAGGAUGGAGUUGAGGUGUUUGAACUUUUUCUUGGAUAAACGCUUCCGGCAGAGGCAACGAAGAUAGUUCAAGA